UUUAAAUUUUUUUCUCGGUGCCUUCAUCACUCUGCCUGCAUCCUCGUAAGUGAUGACGACGUCUUUUCAAGGGGGAAAAAAGAGAAAAAUGUACUCCCCGGUGCGGCCCCAGCAUUGCGGGAAUCGGGACUGGAGCGCCCUGCACGUCGUUAUGUCACAACCAAUCAGAGCGCCCUUCAUCAAUGGUACGUAGAAAAAUAAAAAAGGCAAACCCCAAAACAAAACAAAACAUCAUUUUAUUCUUUUCUUUUCUAUUCUUAAGUUGUAAUCCCAACAUGGCUCCGGUGUAGUGUGCAUACAUAAAUAUCUAGUCUUAAACUAAAUUCUUACACACACACACACUAUUUGAUUUAAUGUAAUUUUUUUCAGCUACAAUAUUCGAAUAGAAGAGAUUGAAAUGAUAUUAUUUUUGAGGGGGGCAAAGGGGCUUGUCUGAUUGGUCGGAGCUCCAUUGGCGCUGUUCGAGCUGAUCGCAGCGAAAGGAGGAGGAGCCUGGAAAAAAAGGGCUCAGCAUCGCCUAGGAGAAGAAGAAGAAGAAGAAGGAGGAGAAGAACUAUAGCCGUGCCACUCUAUUCGACUGGCAUUCAGUAGUUUGAUAGACACUUGAAGUGUCGGGUCGCAACGGUCAUGGCUUCCUACACAUUGCGCAUCAACCAGGGAGGGACGGUCCAGCAUCAUCACCACCACGGUAGUGGCCAAGUCAUCGGUGGAUCGGCAGGGAAUUAUUUGAAUGCGAGUGGUCACCAUCUCGGCCCAUCAUCGAAUUGCGGUUCAGGCACAGCCGAUCUCUUGGCCGUCAACACCUACCUGGAACGAUUCUCCAGCGGUGGCAGCAGCACCCCCGCCGUGGCCUAUCAACCGGACGUGACGGUGAUGGCCAGUGACAAGUUUAGCAAUUUCUACAUCAACAAUAAUAAUAACAACAACAGCAACUCGGCUAGCAGUUAUCAGAGAAUAACGCCGUCGAUGGAGAGUCAGCAACAACAACAACAACAACAACAAAGUGAUUAUUUCUUGCCGUAUCUUGGCGGAUCGCAACAGCAGCAGAUGACCUCCCUGCAACACCAACAGAUCCACCAACAGCACCAACAGCAUCAAGAACAACAACAUCAGCAACAACAAUCGUUGCUGGCGCAGGAUCAGCAAUGGCCAGUGAUGCCUUACGACAAUUGCGCAGCGGCCGCGGCGGCUGCGGCGGCCGCCGCCGCCGCCGCCGACACGCUCAAAAGGUUCUCCGUGACGCGCCUCAUUCAACACCAUCAUCACCAUCAUCAUCAGAUGGAAUCGCCUUCGUUAACAGGAGGUGCUAGAUCAUCUGCCGUGGGGUCCGGUGGUGACCCGUUGAUUCCCGCCGUCGGUGUGGCCCUUCCUUCCGCCCACCAAUCGCCCACACCGGUCCAAGCGCACGGACUGAUCGCCUCCGUCAGGGACGAUUCGGAGACAUCAUCGCACGCCACCGAUAAAAGCGACGACGAAUCAGAAGCCGGCGGCGAUCCUGCCAAUAAGAACUGCGCUAAGAAAAGGAGCAGCUCGUCAUCGUCUUCACCUUCAUCGCCGUUGAUGUCCCACCACCAUCGUCACCAUCCACAUCACUCGAUGUCGAGCGUGUCGUCGAGUGGCGGCAGCAAAAAACCGCGUCGCAAUCGGACGACGUUCACCAGCGCCCAACUGUCGGCGUUGGAGAAGGUCUUCGAGCGGACGCACUAUCCGGACGCGUUUGUCCGUGAAGAUUUGGCCAAGCGGGUCAGCCUGAGCGAAGCCAGAGUUCAAGUGUGGUUUCAAAAUCGGCGCGCUAAAUUCAGACGUAACGAACGAUCGCUCCAAUCGCCGUCGGCCACGAACGUGACAACGUCGCCCGUCCAGCGGGUUGCAACCACAGCUUCAUCGUCCUCUUCGUCGUUCUCCACCUCGUCAAUGACGUCGCCGCCCGUCAACGGCGCCAAAUCUCCGUCGGACUUGACCGCGUCCGACCAGGCGUCUUUCGCAGCCCGCACGGCCCCUACCGUCCCGUCGCCCAGCAGCUUCGAUGGACUGUACGCGGUAGGCAGCUGGAAGAGCAGCAGUGCAGCCCUGACGGCCCACUCUUCGUCGUCCGCCAGCAGCGCCUUACCAUCGAGUCACCACGCCGCCGCUUUGGCUCUCAUGCAGUCGGCAGGUUUCUCUUCGAUGUACCCGAACCCGAUGCCAAGCUGCAAUUACGGAUUGGCGUCGCUUCGCUACUCGGGCGGAAUCAACUAGACCUCCUACAGUUAUAAGUCAAAACAAA